UUUCGAAUCUCAUUUCACUUUAAUUAACCGCUCCUUAAUUCUAGUUACACUAUAUAAUGUGCCACUUACAUGUUUCUCAUCUGUAUUUACGAUAUUCACACUAAGCUUUCAAGUCACAUUACAUUAUCAUGGCAGAGUCCGCAGAGGUAGCUCCCUCAGAUGCCAAUCUCGGUCGCCACCUCGCUCAGCGUCUCGUUCAAAUCGGCGUCGAAGACAUUUUUACAGUGCCCGGUGACUUCAACCUCACGUUACUUGAUCACCUUAUUGCAGAGCCGAAGCUGAAAAAUAUUGGCUGUUGCAAUGAGCUGAAUGCAGGCUAUGCAGCUGACGGAUAUGCUCGUCAGAGAGGCGUGGGGGCUUGUGUUGUCACGUUUACGGUUGGGGGGCUUAGUGUGAUCAACGCGAUUGCAGGUGCUUAUAGUGAGAAUCUCCCGGUGGUUUGUAUUGUAGGAGGUCCGAAUUCUAAUGACUUCGGGACUAAUAGGAUUCUGCAUCAUACUAUUGGAAUUCCGGAUUUUGGCCAGGAGUUGCAUUGUUUUAGAUCUGUUACAUGUUAUCAGGCUGUUGUUGCUAAUCUAGAAGACGCGCAUGAACAAGUAGACCGUGCAAUAGCUACUUGCCUCAAAGAAAGCAAGCCUGUUUAUAUCAGCAUUAGUUGCAAUCUCCCGGGCAUCCCUCAUUCCACAUUUACCAGAAUUCCCAUUCCAUUUGCAAUUUCCCCCCGGUGUAGCAAUAAAGCCGGGCUAGAAGCUGCAGUAGAUGCUGCAGCUGCAUUUCUUAACAAGUCAGUGAAGCCAGUAAUGGUUGGAGGGCCGAAACUCAGAGUGUCCCAGGCCCAGGAAGCGUUUAUGGAAUUAGCAGAUGCAUCAGGAUACGCUGUAUCAGUAAUGCCAUCAGCUAAAGGGCAUGUCGGGGAGCAACAUCCACAUUUUAUUGGUACUUACUGGGGUGCAGUUAGCACUGCAUUUUGUGCUGAGAUUGUUGAAUCAGCAGACGCCUACCUAUUUGUUGGUCCUAUAUUUAAUGACUACAGCUCUGUCGGAUACUCACUCUUAGUCAAAAAAGAGAAGGCUGUUAUUGUGCAACCAGAUCGCGUAGUGGUUGCUAAUGGCCCUGCCUUUGGUUGCGUUUUAAUGAAGGAUUUUCUGAGGGAGCUUGCUACGAAGAUUAAGAAAAAUGAAACGGCUUAUGAGAACUAUCAUCGGAUUUUUGUUUCUGAAGGACAACCACUGAAAGCUGAGCCUCAGGAGGCUCUGAGAGUAAAUGUUUUGUUCCAGCAUAUUCAGAAGAUGCUGACGAGCAACACGGCUGUGAUUGCAGAGACAGGUGACUCGUGGUUUAAUUGUCAAAAGUUAAAACUGCCUGAUGGUUGUGGGUAUGAAUUCCAAAUGCAGUAUGGUUCAAUAGGAUGGUCUGUUGGUGCCACCCUUGGUUAUGCACAAUCAGUUCCUGGGAAGCGUGUCAUUUCUUGCAUUGGAGAUGGUAGUUUCCAGGUAACUUGUCAAGAUAUUUCAACAAUGAUACGAAACGAUCAAAAGAGCAUUAUAUUCUUGAUUAACAAUGGUGGAUACACAAUAGAAGUUGAGAUUCAUGACGGGCCAUACAAUGUCAUUAAGAACUGGAAUUACACUGCCCUUGUGGAUGCUAUACAUAAUGGCGAGGGCAAUUGUUGGACAAUGCGGGUAAAGACUGAAGAGGAGCUUAUUCAAGCUAUCGACACAUCGUUAGGAGACAAGAAAGAUUGUCUGUGUUUUAUAGAAGUGAUUGUGCAUAAAGAUGAUACCAGCAAAGAGCUGCUGGAAUGGGGAUCAAGAGUUGCUUCUGCUAAUAGUCGCCCUCCUAAUCCUCAGUAGAAUAUGUGAUACACAUCAACUUUCUUAAGUUUUGUAUUUCACAGUUAUAUCAGUAUUGUCUAUCAGACUAUCAUCUAAAAUAAGAGUUUUAAAAUUAUAAAAACUUUGUUUUGAAAUUUU